CUGAGAUUCUACACUCGAUACUCAUUUAUCUUAGCUAUUUAGCCAUCAAUAGUCAAAAAUAAACAAUAACACAACCUACAUAUUCCAUUGAUUAAACAAAACAGUCACAAAUAAAAAUUAUACAUACCUAGUAUCACUCGGUACAGUUUCUUUAAAACAACCCAAACUUAAUUAAUUUAUAUUUAUAAUAAAUGAAUGAAUUUUAAAAUAAAAUUUAUUUAUUAUAUUUUACAAAUUUAGAUUGGAGUUGAACAAAACUUAUUCCCAUUAUUUUAACCCAGGAGCUACCUUUGUAUUUAAUCUACUGGAUAUAUCUCAUUAAUUUAACCAAGUAUAUAUUGUUAAUUUGUUUUGUUUAAAACUUGGUUCAAUUAAGUUGAAUAAUUUGUGACUAGAAUAUUUGUAACGUUUCAACUCUAACUUUGACAGAAGGGUAUCUUUUUUACUUCUCUUUUCUUUUAAACCUUUUUCAAUGUUUAAGGUUUAAUCGUUGUUGAUAGGUAAAAAAUACUUUACUGGCUUUUGGUUGCUACUUUUUACUUUGGAACUUGAUAUGUAUUUAACUAUAUAUUGAUAGAUGUCAAAACCCAGAUUUACGGGUGAUUCCAUCGCACCUCCACAAGUUGGAACUGAUCAAACAACAUCUGAAUCCAACAAUCGCAACUUUGUAGUCAAUCCGUGGGUCCGACGGACACGACAAAAAGUUGGGUUCAUCCCUAACUCUGAAUGGCCUAAUAAGCCUGAACCACCACCUACAUCACCUCCAAUCUAUAAAGUGGUUCCUCCUUCUCCACCCAUUAUUGGAAAACAACCACCAGGGAUUAUUCCCUAUCAUCCCCUUAAUCAACCAUUUUACCCAAACAUGGUUAUAAAGGAUGAUCGAGUCAAGGACCCUAAAUUAAAGUUCCCAAUGGGGAACUACAUGGGACCAUCUGUAAACAUUCCACCAGGGUCAUACAUGCCUGGGCCCAUUUUCCCAAUGGCGAAUGUUGGAGUUGAGGCAAAGCCUGUAUUCGAAAACAGGUUUGGAGCCCCUUUCAUUCAAGGACCUUACUAUAAAGAACCACCUAUCCCCCCAAUUACUUAUAAGCAACCUCCGAUACACAAUCCCAAUUACGAUCACUUGGGAUUCGUGAAUCUUUCACAGGUUAAGGGGAUGAGUACUGGAACUAAAAGAAACUAUGAAACGAUGAGCGAGAUCUCUGAUGAUCAGGAAUCAUCUGGAUCAGAUAAUGAGAAAAAUGAAAGAAUUGACGCUACUUCAAAAACUACCUACGAAAUAAAGUAUUUCACUCCAUUUUUACCGAAACCUCCUGAAAGAUAUAAAACUGAGUAUGAUUUGCACGAGUUGAAGGUUUUUCUUCCACUGGGUGUGAAGGCUUACUUGAAAAAUAUGUCUUUAAACCCGAAACUCUCAAGUGGUUUUGAGACUGGGCCUGUUCGUAACGGCAAGCUUGUGCUUCUUUUAGAUUUGGAUAAUACACUAUUACACACUGCUUCUCAGAGUAGACUGGAUAUGCUGAACAUUGAUACAAGGGAUUUUGUGGAUUCUUUAGGAGACCCCGAGUUGUACACAUUUACCCUACCUAAUUUUCCCAAUGUAAAUUAUUACAUGAAGUUGAGGCCCUGCAUAAGGGAGUUUUUGCAAAUCUUAUCUCUUUACUACGAAAUGUCGAUUUAUACUAACGCAACAAAGGAAUAUGCAGACGUGGUUAUCAGUAUUCUUGACCCGGACAGGUCACUUUUUAUGGACAGAAUAGUUGCAAGAAACAGUGUAGAUGAGAAGGAUUUAUUAAAAAGCGCUUCAAGGUUGUAUCCGGAUUUGGAUACUAGGUUCAUACUUGCAUUUGAUGAUAGAAGAGAUGUAUGGUCUGACAUACCACAUAAGCAGGUGGUAAGAGCAGAACAUUACGACUUCUUCGAGUCAUAUAUCAGUGAAUUGAAUAAUAAUUAUUCUAGUUCUCCUACUCCAUCAAAUAAACAGACCCCGGAAUCUAAUAGUUUUAAUUUGACCACUAAUGUUUCCUCAAGUGCCCCUGGGAAACCUGUCAACGACUAUACUUUUAACAUCGAACAAGAGUCUGAAAGUGACCCUGACGUCACUCGCGAAAAGGUCAGCAUUGUUGAUUACGAUAGGCAUUUGAAGUAUAUGGUUAAGAUUUUUCUCGAGAUACACAAAAGGUUUUUUGCUGAUCCGUUUAACAAUGACGUCGGGUCCAUACUGGAAUCAAUUCAGAGUCAGGUUUUGAAGGGAAUUGGAGUUUUGCUUACAGGUUACAGGAAGAAUACAAAGGUUGCCAAUUCUGUUUUACAUGCGGAUUGUGAACUGAGGCAGAAGGAGAAUCUUUUGGAGUUGGGCGCCUCGCUAGUCUUGAGAUUGAAUGAUUCAAAGCUAACUCACAUCAUGGCUGGGAAGAACUGCACGGACAACAUCACUAAAAGCAGAGACCCACAGUACAAUCAUAUACAUAAGGUUCACACGCUUUGGCUUUACAGCUGCAGAGCAACUUUCAGUAAAGUGGACGAAUCGUUAUUCAAAGUCGACGACAUAUGUAAAAUAUAUUCAAAUGAGCCUCCGCAAGUCCCAAAUAAAGAUCACUGGAAAUUUAUAAAUCCAAAUGCUGGAUCUUUCAAGGACUCUAAUAAAAACGAUAACGGUAAAUCAAAGCAAGAGUUACCAACGAGGAUAUUUAUGGGCACAGGAUCAUAUAGCAACGGGACCGAAGUACUAUCGUCCGUGGAGAAAAUAGUAAUACGAUGGGAUCCCAGUAAGACCAAACUUCUUCAAAACUCUAUAUCAGAUAAUUCGAGACAGAAUAUUAAACAGACAAAAUCUGAGUACACACCCUUUACAAAUGCUAUAAAUCCAAACAAAUUCGCAUUUUAAACUUAAUGUGUUUUUUAUUUGUGUAUAAA